AAUUUGCAAAUACCAUCACGCCGCCCGCCGUCGGUGGUUUGCGCGCGUAUAAUACUCACGCCGACUUUCUUCAUCGCGCGCGCGCCGCAUUCCGCCGGGCACGGUCCCGCUGAGAGAAUAAUCGAGCCGGGUAAACGUUAGGACGUGUUCAGAUUAAUGAGGCGGGCGACUCUGAAAAACGCGGCGGCCGUCACGGACGAUUAUUUCUCGGCGUUACUGGCGAUCGGACGUCGAGCCCGCGUCCAGAGAAACGAGUGCCUCCUCGUUAACGCGACGCACUCGCGCUCUGCUCUCGCCGUCAUCGAUCUCGCCACUCGAGUCUUCGGAGCCAAGACGAUAGCUGUAUGCGACGAUGCAAGACGGGCCGAGUUGUGCGCGGAUCUCGGCGCGACGGUGAUAUGUAGAAACGAACGUUACCUGCCGUACAAGUUGAAGAAAAUCGGCGGAAAGAAAGAAGUACGCGUAAUGAUCGAGACCGAGGGCGGACCGUGCUUUCGGAAUGCCGCCGAAUGUUUGGAACAUGAUGGUCUGAUCGCUCUCCUAGGUGAUGCGCGAAACAAACGAUCUCUCGAUCUUUCCCACGUACCAGUGAACUGCACGGUGUUCGCAGUUGCUGCGGAGCAUUACAAAGUUGCCGACACAUUAGUGUACAGGGAGACCAUGCAGCAUGUGCUGGACUAUAAGUCUGAAUGCGCGAUUCGUCCUCGCAUUUCGGCGAUUUUCGGUCUGCACCACGUCAAUGAUGCAUUCAAUUAUUACGCUACGGUGCCCAGCGGGAAAGUGUUGAUCGACAUGAAGGAUCGUGAUCGGAUAACUCUGUGCGACGACUUUGAGAACGAAGACUAUAAGUCUUAUAAUUAGAUGUAUUAAAUGUGUCAUUCAAUUCUGUACAGUCGGCAGAUUAGAUUUAUUGUUCCUUUUCUCCUGCCAGCAAUAUUUUCCAAGAUGGCGUACAGUGCGUUUCGUGAGUUGUGCUUUUAUCUCAUUAAUAAAAAUAAUAUGUUUUUGAAACGCCAUUGGCGAGUUUGUAUUUGAUUUAAUGAGCAGCAUAAUAAAUUUUAAUG